AUGUCACUCUUCCUCUCUUUCCUCUGCCUCUUACCCAUCUUCAUAGUUUCCUUUUUCAUCUUGUCAAAAAAGCUUAAAACCUCAAAAUGGAAACUUCCUCCGAGCCCAUCAAGUUUACCAAUCAUAGGAAACUUGCACCAUCUCACUGGUGUGCCUCAUAGAUGCAUCCACAGGCUUUGCAUCAAAUACGGACCAGUGAUGCUUCUUCGUCUCGGGUCCAUGUCUGUGGUUGUGAUCUCCUCAAGUGAAGCAGCUGAAGAAGUGGUCAAAACCUAUGACUUACAAUGUUGCACUCGAUUGGAUAUGGUCGUGACCAAAAGACUCUCUUAUGGUUUCAAAGACAUCACUUUUGGGCCAUACAGUGAGUACUGGAGAGAGAUGAGGAAAGUCGCAGUUAUCGAGCUUUUUAGUCUCAAGAAGGUACAAUCUUUCAGGCACAUAAGAGAGGAAGAGGUCGAAUUGAUGGCGAAGAAAGUGUCGGCUUUGACACAAUCUCCUGUGGAUCUAAGAAAUGUAUUUUUCUCUUUUGCCGGGAGCAUCGUUUCUAGAGUAGCCAUGGGACGAAACUUCCAUGAUUGCGACUUUAUCAACCAAAAGAAGAUGGAAGAACUGGUUGCUGACGCAGGGGAUGUUCUUGGGAAUUUCACUUUCACUGACUUGUUCCCCGCAGGUGGAAUUGGACGAUCCAUAGAUUGGUUGGUUGGUAAAGAACAGAAGUUAAACAAAGUCUUCAAGAAGCUUGAUGAUUUUUACCAGCAUGUGAUUGAUGAUCACUUGAAGGAAUCGUCAGGACGUGAAACUUCGGACUCUCCGAUGGAUAUUGUCGCCGUGAUGCUCGAUAUUAUCGGAAGGCAAGGGACGAAAGAUUAUUUCAAGCUCGAUUACGAUAAUAUAAAGGCAGUCCUCAUGGAUGUAUUUCUAGCUGGGAUAGAUACAAGCGUCAUAACAAUGAUAUGGACGAUGACAGAACUUGCUAGAAACCCAAGAGUGAUGAAGAAAUUACAAGAAGAAAUCCGAACCACACUAGGGACCGAAAAGAAGAUAAUUACUGAACAAGACCUCAAUAAAGUUGCUUAUUUACAGCUCGUAAUUAAAGAAACAUUCAGAUUGCACCCACCUGUUCCAGUUGUGACCAGAAAAUCAAUGGCUCACGUCAAGAUCCAAGGCUAUGAUAUUCCUCCAGGGACAGCGAUUCAGCUCAACGUAUAUACGAUCGGACGUGACCCAAAACAUUGGACCGACCCUGAAGAUUACAUCCCUGAAAGGUUUGCUGAUAGUUCUAUAGAUUUUAGAGGACAAAACUAUAAUCUUCUACCGUUUGGUUCAGGCCGAAGGAUAUGUCCAGGAAUUUCAAUGUCGACUGCUGCUAUUGAAAUGGCCUUGUUGAGUAUGCUUUACUUCUUCGAUUGGAGAUUGCCCGAUGGAAUGAAAAUUGAUGACAUUGAUAUGGAAGAAAUCGGUACUCUCUCGGUUUUCAAGAAAGUACCUCUCAUGCUUGUACCGGUUCCACGACCAUAA